AGCACACGGAGGUGAGGUUGGAAUCGGCGCGAUAGAAGCUGGGCAAGGAAAGACUCGCUUAGCACGAGUAGAAGAUACAAAAAAGCGAAACGCACACGCUCAGUGCCUUCCGCCAAACAAGCGCCGCAAGAAGGCGAAUCGUCGCGAGGACGCAAGUGAACAUGAGCAACUGGAGCUUGACAAAAAAGACUUUUUUGGCGCUAUUGAUGCGCCCCUCUGUCGUGUAUGCGGCUGCUGCGGCGAGCUCGCAAAUUCAGACUAUGCAGUACUACGAUCAUACGAUUCGAAACACGCAUUCUUUUCUCCUCUGUGCAACUCGAACGGAGAGUGUGAGAUUAUUUCCGAAGGACUUGUGCACGAACAAAAUGGAGAAGGAAAAACUUCGAUAUGGCUGUGUACGCGUUGCUACAGAUCUCUGCUAG